AUGGGUCUAUUUCGCCAGGUUCGUACGAUGCAGAUUCCGGAAGACAAGCGGAGCUUGUGGAACCGUGUCUCUGUACUUCUUUUGGUAUACGAUGCAUCUGUCGCUACUGGCGUUGGCGCACCUCUAGUCAUUGCCGACGAAUCAAUUGAACAGGAGCCACGCGCUGAGCAGAAUACGUUUGCAGAGAGCGCGCUCGCCUACUCCUCAACGGAAAUCGAUUAUAUGGUCACAUCUGCGCUACUUGGACAAAUUUUGCGAAACAUCCUUAGAGUGCUGUAUUCGGCGCGGGCCGAACCGACUGACAGUGAUCUGAUUUUUAUCUCCAGCGAGCUGGAGUUCUACGACAAGAAGGUUCCACAUGUCCCUGAAUCGGCUACACAAGACACCUCGAGCAUGACAAGACAUGAACUCAUCCUCGCGCCGCUGCUUCGGCUGAAGUUCCUAUACGCUUCCCUCUUCUAUCACCGCCAGCUAGUUUUGAAGUGCGACGACCGGACGAAGCGUUCAUCCCACCAGCACCUGCUAUCGUCGACAGUAAAUGAGAUAUGCAAUGUUAUGAGCUAUCUGAACUCUCAUGCGCUCUGUCCAUUUUGUCCUGGAUGGGUAACGACCGCCGUAUUUCACACCAUCACCAUCCUCUUCAACCGACUGAACGAACCCGUCGCCGUCUCACUAUGUCCUGUGGUUGUUGACGCAAAAGCGCUCGUGGAGAUCUUGAUGGAAAGCCUUGCGGAAAUGGAGGGAACUUGGAACUUUGCCGCAUGGAUUCACAAAGUGUCGCGCGUCACUCUCACUGCAAUCGAGCAAAAGGCCCAAGAGCGAAGAAGCGAUCAUAACGUCACAUCCAUGUUUUCGAACGAUUUUCCCCUGUCAAUUGAAGAGAACAUGCCGCUUGACGACAAUUUCAUCGCGCUCUCGGGAUGGGACUCGUUGUUUCCCCUUUCGUGGGAUCCAUCUGGUGGCUGGAUUUAA